AUGUCGGUGCCAACUUUCUGCCACGCUGGACAAGCUCAUGCGGUCGUGCCCCUCCUCCCGUCUCCGCUUCCCCUACCGUGUUCCCCUCCGGUGCCGGCACAGUGCGAGGAGCUUCAGCAUGACGAGGAAGACGAGUCAGAGCCCAUGAAGCGGCACCAGAAGGGCCCACCCUGCGCCUACACGUACCCGCUCCUGACGCGCGCCUCCACCUCCUCCUCGUACGACUCCGGCAGGACGAGCUCCUGCGCGCUGCCGUGGCAUCCACGCGCUCCGGAAGAGAGCUCACCGUCUGCUCCUUCUGUUAGUACAGAGCCCAACUCCCUCGAUGAUUUUCAUGGUGGACUCACACAUGCACACAAGCUAUUCGAUGAAAUAGCAGCAAACAGCAGAACUGAGACAGACGAGCGCCUGAGCCUCAUCGACGUGCUGGUGACCACGACUACCAUGGGGCAGUUCACAUUGGAGGCGCUGACCAGCGUGGCAAGGAGCUUCCGCACAUGUGCAGGUCGGCAGCGGGGGCAGGAUGUUGCAGCAGCGAGGAGGCCGUCGACGGCCGUAGCGUCGAUGUCAUUGUCGCAGCGCACGAAGGAGGUCGCGAGGAGCAGGUUCUGUAUGCCAGGCUCUUCGUACCGCAGGAAGUCGACUUCCACCGACGGGGCCACGGCGAAAGAUAAACUGAAGUCCAAUGGAAGCAACUUUACGGACUGGUUCCGGAAUGUGAGGAUUAUCCUUGAAGCUGCCAAAAAGGCUUAUGUUUUUGAUGCAGCGCUUGGUGCAGAACCCGCACUCCAAAAGCGUUUUGAGCACCACUCGGCAUAUGCUAUGAUUGGGGAACUGAAUACUUUAUUUCAGACCCAAGCCCGUGCGGAGAGGUAUGAUGCCUCCGAAAGGUUCUUUAACUGCAAGAUGGAGGAGAACAGCUCCGUUAGCGAGCACGUGCUCAGAAUGUCUGGGUACGCCGACCGCCUGAGACAACUGGGAAUUGAGAUUCCUAAUGAAUUAGGCAUUGACCGGGUUCUUCAGUCACUACCACCUAGCUAUAAAAGUUUUGUGGUGAACUACAAUAUGCAAGGGAUGGAUAGGACACUUCCUCAGCUCCUCGCGAUGUUAAAAACUGCGGAGGUGGAAAUCAAAAAGGAGCAUCAAGUGUUGAUGGUCAAUAAGACCACCAGUUUCAAGAAGGCAAAGGGUAAGAAGGGAAAUUUCAAGAAGGGUGGCAAAACUGUUGCCACUCCCGCGAAGAAGUCCAAAUCUGGACCUAAGCCGGAUACUGAGUGCUUCUACUGCAAGGGAACUGGCCACUGGAAGCGUAACUGCCCCAAGUACUUGGCAGAUAAGAAGGCUGGCAACGUCAAAGGUGAAUAUUUGAGUUACGAGUUUGGCACGCAUUUAAGACAAUGUGGAAUUGUUUCACAACUUACGCCGCCUGGAACACCACAACGCAAUGGUGUGUCCGAACGUCGUAAUCGUACUUUAUUGGAUAUGGUACGGUCUAUGAUGUCUCUUACUGAUUUGCCACUGUCGUUUUGGGGUUAUGCAUUAGAGACAGCCGCAUUCACUUUAAAUAGUGCACCAUCUAAAUCCGUUGAAACGACACCGUAUGAAUUAUGGUUUGGCAAGAAACCUAAGCUGUCCUUUCUUAAAGUUUGGGGAUGCGAAGCUUAUGUAAAAAGGCUACAACCUGAUAAGCUCGAACCCAAGUCGGAAAAAUGCGUCUUCAUAGGAUACCCUAAAGAAACAAUUGGGUACACCUUCUAUCACAGAUCCGAAGGAAAAGUGUUUGUCGCUAAGAACGGGUCCUUUCUAGAGAAGGAGUUUCUCUCGAAAGAAGUGAGUGGGAGGAAGGUAGAGCUCGAUGAGGUUAUUGAACCUUCUCUCGAAUUUGAGUGUAGCGCAGCACCAGAAACUGUUCCCGUGCAUCCUGCAUCAGCUAGAGAGGAAGCUAAUGAUAAUGAUCAUGAAGUUUUGAAUGAGACAACUACUGAACUUCGCAGGUCGACGAGAACACGUAAUACUCCUGAGUGGUACAAUGUUCGUGUCAUGAAUGUCAUGUUGUUGGACAACGAUGAACCUGCGAAUUAUGAGGAAGCGAUGAUGAGCCCAGACUCCGAAAAAUGGUUAGAAGCCAUGAAAUCCGAAAUGGGAUCCAUGUAUGAAAACCAAGUAUGGACUUUGGUAGACUUACCGAAUGACCGAAAGGCCGUUGAGAACAAAUGGAUUUUCAAGAAGAAAACAGAUGCUGAUGGAAAUGUUACCGUCUAUAAAGCUCGACUUGUGAUCAAAGGGUUUGGAUUUGUCCAAACUCACGGAGAAGCUUGUAUUUACAAGAAAGUGAGUGGGAGCUCUGUAGCAUUUCUAAUACUGUAUGUGGAUGACAUAUUGCUGAUUGGGAAUGAUAUAGAACUUCUUAAAAGUGUUAAAGGCUAUUUGAAUAAAAGUUUUUCAAUGAAAGACCUUGGUGAAGCAGCUUACAUAUUAGGCAUCAAGAUUUAUAGGGAUGACUCUAAGUCUCAAUCCGGAUACGUAUUUAUUUUGAAUGGU